GCGCCAGUGAAGCGACAGGAGCGCACGUUUGGAGCGAGCCACAGACGCACACGAUACACUGACUGCUGUCUCCUCCAGGAUAAUAGAGGCUUCUCCUGCUGCAGCCUCAACAUGGCACGGCUUUAGGCGCAGCGUCUCCUCCCUCUGCGCACACAGCGGAUUGCUUUUUCCCCGCUUUGGACUCGUUUUCGGGAUAUUUUGCAGCCUUUUUCAAACUGGGAAAUUAUUGAACAGACAAGACUCGGGCUGAAAAGCUUAUUUGGACUUAUGCGAUGUGGUGUCAUUCCGUUGCUCCCCAGCACUGUUCCUUAACAUCUAAGGACUGAAUAUUUUGUGCAUCCAGCCAAGUAAGAUGUGUAAUUACACCCAGUCUGUCUUUUGACCACAUUGGAGGACUUUAUUUCAUAAUUUUGUGGACUAACACGUUGAAAAGGAUUCAUAUUCCGCGUUAACUACCCGCUGAUACUUUAAAGAUGAACAGUUUGUGCUGUGAGUCGUGCGUAACGGUCGCCUGACGGGUGCUUCGUGGAUUUACACGGCUCUGGCAGAGUAUAGUGAGAAGCUCCGGCAUGUUCCCGGUGCCGCUGCAGUCCACUGGAGGAUGUGCUCUGAGAGUGAAGUAGGACACUUGUUAGAAUUUCUCAUGUUUAACAGUGGACUUUCUGAAUGAGAUGAGACCGGCGUUCUUUGGUUCUCGUGCGUAAUUGUCCACAUCCAGAGAGAGAAAAGUCAACAGGUUCAAAUCAAAGCAAGAAGAUGGAGUUAAUACAGUUAAUCUUGCUGUUCUUGUUGUUUUGGAUCGGAGCCGAGGCGGUGAUUAACCUCAAAUAUGGAAUAAACGAGGAGAUGAAGCCCGGAUCUGUGAUUGGGAACGUGACGAAGGACGCACUAAAGCAGGGAUUUCAGAUUGCACCGCAGCCUCCGUACCUGAGAGUGAUUUCUAAUUCCGAGCCGCGAUGGGUGGAACUGAGCCCGGGCGGAAUCCUUACAACCCAAAUGAAAAUCGACCGGGAUGUAGUUUGUCGACAGAACCCAAAGUGCAUUAUUUCCUUGGAAGUGAUGUCAAACUCUAUGGAAAUCUGCGUCAUCAAAGUUGAAAUAGAGGAUUUGAAUGAUAACGCACCCAGAUUCCCCACUAGCCACAUUGACAUUGAAAUUUCAGAAAACGCCGCCCCUGGUACUCGCUUUCCCCUAGAGGGGGCAAGCGAUCCGGACUCAGGUGUCUUCGGAGUGCAGUCCUAUUCCAUCACUCCCAAUGAGCUAUUCGGACUAGAAAUCAAGACUAGAGGCGACGGCUCCAAGAUUGCAGAGCUUGUAGUGCAGAAAUCACUCGACAGGGAAACCCAAUCACAUUAUACAUAUGAACUGAGCGCGGAGGAUGGAGGGGACCCGCCAAAAAUAGGCGCGGUCCAGUUAAACAUCAGAGUAAUAGACUCCAAUGAUAACAACCCGGUGUUUGACGAGCCCGUGUAUACAGUCAACGUGAUGGAAAACUCUCCUGUAAAUACUAUAGUGAUAGACCUGAACGCCACAGAUCCGGACGAGGGCACAAAUGGAGAGAUUGUGUACUCUUUUAACAGCUACGUCACAGAAAAGACAAGGGACGCUUUCAAAAUUGACCCGAAAACUGGGGUCAUCACUGUCAACGGCGUUUUGGAUUACGAGAGCACACAAAUCUACGAGAUAGACGUCCAAGCCAAAGAUUUGGGUCCCAACUCCAUCCCUGCCCACUGCAAAGUCACAGUCAACGUGAUGGAUAUGAACGAUAACCCGCCCAUCAUCAGCCUGCUGUCACUCAACACGGAGAUGGUGGAAGUGAGCGAGAACGCACAGAGAGGAUAUGUCAUUGCGUUAGUGAGAGUGUCCGAUAAGGACUCAGGGGCGAACGGCAAAGUGCAGUGCAGGCUCCAGGGCAAUGUACCGUUCAGGCUGCAAGAAUACGAGAGCUUUUCCACUAUACUUGUGGAUGGCAGGCUUGACAGGGAGCAGAAGGACACGUAUAACCUCACCAUCCAAGCCGAGGACAGUGGUAUACCCCCUUUACGCGCCACCAAGUCCCUCGUAGUUAAAGUUACAGACGAGAACGACAACCCUCCCCUUUUCUUAAAGCCACACUAUCAAGAGAUGGUUAUGGAGAAUAAUCUGCCCGGGUCCUGCCUGCUGGAGGUGGCAGCCGAGGACCCGGAUUUAGGCAUGAAUGGCACUGUGUCAUACUCCAUAGUCCCCGGUGAGAUCAAGCACAUGGAUGUAAACACGUAUGUGAGUAUCAACCCAUCAGGCAGAAUCUAUUCCAUGAGAUCGUUUGACCACGAGUACACCAGGACUUUUGAUUUUAAAGUGUUGGCCCGGGACAAUGGCAAUCCAUCACUGUCCAGCAACGCCACCGUUCGCAUUGUCGUCCUGGAUGUGAACGACAACACCCCCGUCAUGACUAACCCGCCUUUAGUCAAUGGCACGGCUGAGGUCUCCAUCCCCCGGAACGCAGGGGUGGGCUACGUGGUGACCCAGGUGAAAGCGGACGACUACGACGAGGGGGAGAACGGGAGACUGACUUACACGAUUUCAGAAGGAGACAGGGCUUAUUUUGAGAUAGACCAGGUAAACGGAGAGGUGAGGUCCACGAGGUUGUUUGGAGAAAGCGCCAAAUCCACCUAUGAGAUCACCGUGGUGGCGAGGGACCACGGGAAGCCCGCCCUCUCCGCGUCGGCCUACAUUGUGGUGUACCUUUCCCCGGAUUUGAACGCGCAGGAGUCUAUUGGACCGGUCAACCUGUCUCUCAUCUUCAUCAUCGCCCUGGGUUCUAUAGCAGCCAUCCUCUUCGUCACCAUGAUCUUUGUGGCGGUUAAGUGCAAGCGGGACAACAAGGAGAUCCGGACGUACAACUGCAGUUUCUUCUACUUGCGCAGGGUGGCGGAGUACUCCUACGGCAACCAGAAGAAGUCCAGCAAAAAGAAAAAACUCAACAAGAACGACAUCCGCCUGGUGCCGCGCGACGUGGAGGAGACCGACAAGAUGAAUGUGGUGAGUUGCUCCUCUCUCACCUCCUCCCUCAACUACUUCGACUACCACCAGCAGAGCCUGCCCCUGGGCUGCAGGCGUUCCGAGAGCACCUUCCUAAACGUGGAGAACCAGAACUCCCGGAACGCCGCCCCUAACCACGGCUACCAGCACCCCUUCCCCGGACAAGGUCAUCAGCAGCCAGACCUGAUCAUCAACGGCAUGCCCCUGCCCGAGACCGAGAACUACUCCAUCGACACCAGCUACGUGAACAGCAGAGCCCAUCUCAUUAAAAGCACGUCCACUUUCAAGGACCUGGAGGGAAACAGCCUGAAGGACAGCGGGCACGAGGAGAGCGACCAGACGGACAGCGAGCACGAUGUCCAGAGAGGUCACUACGUCGACACGGCUGUCAACGAUGUGCUCAACAUGACGGCGCCCCCUAAUGUGUGCCAGCUGCCAGAGCAAGAUUCCAAUGAAGGUUUCCACUGCCAGGAUGAGUGCCGUAUCCUUGGACACUCUGACCGCUGCUGGAUGCCACGCGUGGCUGUGCCGGCCCGUGCCAAGUCACCAGAGCACUCUCGUAAUGUCAUCGCCUUGUCCAUUGAGGCCACCACAGUGGACGUGCCACACUACGAGGACGGGACCAUCAAAAGGACUUUUGCCACCUUUGGCAAGGACGGCCACGAGGACGUGGAGCGGGGAGAUCUGAAGGGGAAGCGGACUCAGGAGUCUCAGGUGUGCAGCCCUAAGGCCAAUGGAGGGGCUGUACGAGAGGCAGGGAAUGGGCGCGAGGCCGUCAGCCCCAUCACCUCCCCUGUGCACCUGAAGAGCCCAGUGUCCAAACCCUGCCCCUCCGCCUACAACACACUGAAGUGUCGCGAUGCAGAGCGCAUCGCUAACCACAGCCUGCUGCGGCAGCCUGAGGGCAAGGACAGCGAGCCGUCUGUGAGGGAGAUCAACACUCUCCUCCAGGAUGGCCGGGACAAGGAGUCCCCGAGCACCAAGCGCCUCAAAGACAUAGUGCUUUAGCCUGGACUGGACAGGCUCACUCACGUCUAUAAACCCGCAAUAGCUGUGUGCACAGGAGGCCGGCCUGCUGCAGAGACACACCCAUGUGCAGUGUACAGUGUCCUGUCCAUCUUCUGAUGGACUGUAGUACGCUGCAGCUAGUCGUGUGCUCCACCUGAGCUAGUGGAUGUGGCUUUGUCGUAGUGGCAGUACUUUUCCUUGUUUGCUUUGUGUUCCCUUCUCUCAGUUGCAAUGAGUGGACAGACAGGUUACUGUUGACUGCAUCGACCGGCUGGAGGAGCUGUCCAGCUCUCGGCGCCAAAGCAGGACACCCCUUGUGUGGACACCCGAGGUGCCAAUUCCGAGUACAGUUUUGCCUUUUGGACUACUUUUGUACCACAAACUGAUAUUUGCCUUUUUGGUUUUUGCAGUUUGUUCUAGCUGCCAAAAUCGCUGUGUUCCUUUGUACAGUUGAUCUCUGUCAAUGUAUUAAAAAACAGCGUGCACAGGAUGAACUGUCUGGGGUGACUCCAGUGUGGAGCGUUCUGAGACUAAAGAGAGGACUACUGAGUCUGCAUCCUUGAGACAAGCUGUCCUCAGGCUGUGGGCUUUAACACUGGUCAUGUUUGAUGAGCCUAAAGAACUAUUACAAGCUGCCCCACUCUCUCAAAUGGGACAGAAACAUGCUGGUGUUUCUUUUGAGUUGUAUGAAAAAGACUUUCUGCUUUUGAAAUCUCCUGUGCCCAACCUUGAUUGUAGCCAGUGGAGCACAAAUUAGAAGAUGUGCUCUGGUCUUGUACUUUUUUGACUUUUGACUAUGGGGCUAGGAUAGAAGGGAUCGUCACUCUCAUGUCUUGCUAUGUGAAGCUCUGUAUAGGGUUUACUAUUAUCAUUUUUAAUAACCCGUUGUUAUGUGACAAUCCCUUUAAUGUUUUUGUUUCAAGAAAAAAAUAAAACAAAUAAACAUUGGUGUUCAACUGAAGCUACAGUAGCGUUUGUUACACAAACACAAAAAUGAAAAAAACAUAUAUGCCAAAAUAUAUUUUAUAAAUAAUUUAAAAAUGUAUAAUGAGAAUAUUUAAUGCUGUGUAGUUAUUUUAAAGAGUAAGUUAUACUUGAAAUUAACUUGCUUAUGAUAAUUUGUCUUUUGCUUUUUAUUUUGAUUUUUUUUUUUUUUUUUUUUUUUUUUUUUCAGAAAUGGAACUUGGAAUUAUUCUUUUGUUUACUGUGUGACCCCCCCAGCAACUGUUGACUUGCAGUUUACCUUGUUGUAAAGAGUUUCUUAUGGUCAGUUCUUGUGCCAUCAAGUUUCUGUGUGGGCUACUAGAAAAUGUUUAAAAAAGACAAAAAAAAAUCCAACAAUGAAAAAAGAAAUUUCAGCACCAACAUUAGUGUGUCCGUCCGAGCUUCGAGUGAGAGAGCAAAAGAACCAAAAACAUGCACACGAAAUCUUGCAGGACGUUGGCUUCAACUUGGUAUCAGGCGAGAGACAGCGCAGUUCCACUGUAAAUGUCUAAAGCUGGCCCUGGUGACUUUAAAUAUGCUGGUGGAGGUGCAGCUUGGGUCUCUGUUGAGUUGAUCUUAACAAGUAGCUUUAGCCUGCAAGGUGGAACAGACAGGGCUCUCCCAUUCAACAAAAACAGUUAUUAUAGGAAUAAUAAUAAUAGGUCCUUGGAAAGAACAACAUUGCACAUGAGGGAUAUUGGAGAACGAUGCUUUGCAGUAAAUAUGUACAAAGUACACACAAACAUGAAUGAGAGUGGACCGAACGCAUACAACCAACUAGAUCUUGUAGCUGAAUGUUUUGCUGGUCUCACCCAUGGCUUCUGGCAACAUGAAAAUCGGAAUAAUCACUGAAUGUAUACAGCAGCUUAUAAAUAAACUAUUAAA